AUGUCUUCAUCUUCUACUGCAAUAUUAGCUACAAAACUACAGGAUAAACAAGCUCCAUUGGGACACAAAAUCAUUCGUGAAGGAAAUGGAGUUAUGAUCUUUCCAGAACAAAAUCAAGUGUUUUAUAACCCUGUCCAGGUGCUGAAUCGUGACUUGAGCAUUGUCAUGAUCUCUGAGUUUGUUCGAUGUCGUGCACGAGAGAAAUUGAUGAAAGAGGAUCGUAAGGCGGCAAUUGCAGCAGGUUGUAGUGCUACGUUUGAGCCAAAGAACUACACGGACGACGAGAUUGAGACGCAUGUGGUCGACACCGCGGAAACCAGUGGUAUCCGUAUUUUUGAGGCAUUGUCAGCCACGGGACUGCGCUCGAUCCGUUAUUAUCAACAGAUUUCUGGAGUAAAGUCGAUCCUAGUGAACGAUAUGGAUCCAGCAGCUGUGGAGACCAUCAAGCGCAACGUUGCAUUCAAUGAAUUGCCACUGGAUCGGGUCAUUCCCAAUGAGGCCGAUGCAACUGAUGUCAUGUACAAUCACAGAAAACCUGCAGACCAAUUUGACGUCAUUGACUUGGAUCCGUAUGGAUCUGCGUCUACCUUUUUGGACAGUGCAGUUCAGAGCAUUGUCAAUGGUGGACUGUUGUGUGUAACGUGCACGGAUAUGCCUGUACUGUCAGGCAAACAGCCUGAGGUAUGUUUCUCCCGCUACGGAGCACUACCGAACAAGUCUCAUUAUGUGCACGAGAUGGCGCUGCGCAUGGUACUGCAAUCGAUCGAGCUAUCGGCGAACCGCUACGCGCGUCAUAUUGUGCCGAUUGCGUCUUGCAGCAUUGACUUCUACGUGCGUGUCUUCGUCCGCGUCUUCAAGUCACCGGUAAAUGUGAAGAAGGCGAUGACAAAGCUGUCGUACGUUUUUCAAUGUGUCCAGUGCGAGAGUUUCCACUUGCAGCCACUUGGUGUGUCAAGUGGAAACAGCUACCAUGCCUCGCGUGGCCCAGUCGUGGGCCAGCAGUGUGACCAAUGUCAGGGUAAGUACAAAAUGGCAGGACCUAUCUGGUCGGCACCGCUUCACAGUCGUGAUAUCGUGCUGAAGAUCCGCGACCGAGUAGAAAAGAGUACGUCGGAAUUCCCCACAAAGCCUCGUCUGCACGGACUGUUGACUACGCUUUCCGAGGAGCUCGUCGAUGCUCCGCUGCACUACACGCUUCCGGGUAUGAGCAAGGUCCUGCACUGCUCGAACCCAGGAAUGUCACAGAUCCAAGGUGCCAUUCGCCAUGCUGGCUAUGAAGUAUCGCAAUUUCACAAAGUCCCCGAGGCUAUUAAGACUACUGCGCCAAACGAUGUUAUUUGGGAUAUCAUGCGCUGUUGGGUGAAGAAGCACCCGCUGAACAAAAAGCGAGAUGGUCAGGAAACUUCAGGCAGCCGGAUUCUAGCAAAGGAGCCCAAGUUUGAGGCCAACUUUGAUUUGAAGCGUUCUGGGCCGACAGAUAAACCCAAGGCGCUGCGAUUUCCUCUGAACCCGGAGCCGAACUGGGGCCCUAAGGCGCGUGCGGUUGGUCACAGGGCUGACAAUGCGGUGCCUGUAGCGAGCGACGGAGAUCCGAUACAGGAACCGGAUGUGAAGAAAGCAAAAGUGAAAUAA